UGGUGAGAGUACAGUUCGUGGUGAAGUAUGAUUGGUUAAUUUUACUAGCGGAAGGGAAACCCCUACUUUGCUCAACGUGCUAAAUAGACCAACACCGGUUCCAAGCUUGUGUUUGUUUUCACAUUUUUCCUCGUCUGUCAACUCAGGCGCUGGAGUAAGAUGGCAAAAAUGAAACAUUUCAUUUUUAUUGGAUUAGUAUGCUGUCUUCUUUUCGCUGCUGCAAGAGCAGCAGAUGAUGACGAUGAUGAUGAUGUUAAGCUGGAAGAUGAUAUUGGCAAGAGCAGAGAUGGAUCAAGAACAGAUGAUGAAGCUGUUCAAAGGGAGGAAGAAGCUAUUAGCCUUGAUGGUUUGAAUGUUGCCCAAAUGAAAGAGUUAAGAGAAAAAUCUGAGAAAUUCCAGUUUCAAGCUGAAGUGAAUCGCAUGAUGAAGUUGAUUAUUAAUUCACUUUACAAGAACAAAGAGAUCUUCUUAAGAGAGUUGAUUUCUAAUGCAUCAGAUGCUUUGGAUAAGAUACGCUUCCUAUCACUGACUGAUCCAAAUGCUUUAGCUGCAACAGAUGAAUUAGCUAUUAAAAUAAAGGCUGACAAAGACAAUAAGGUUUUGCACAUUACAGACACUGGUGUUGGUAUGACAAAAGAUGAACUUGUUAAGAAUCUAGGAACCAUAGCCAAAUCAGGAACUAGUGACUUUUUAGCAAAGCUUAAUGAUGCAAACACAGCAACAGAAACCAAUGAUCUCAUUGGCCAAUUUGGUGUUGGAUUCUACUCAGCAUUUUUAGUUGCUGACAGGGUAAUUGUUACAUCUAAGCACAAUGAUGAUGAACAGUAUGUUUGGGAAUCAGAUGCUGAAAGUUUCAGUGUUGUUAAAGACCCACGAGGCAACACUCUUGGACGCGGCACAACUAUCAGUUUGCAGUUAAAAGAAGAAGCUCAUGACUAUUUAGAAGAGAGUACUUUGAAGAAUUUAGUAAAGAAAUACAGUCAGUUUAUUAACUUUAAUAUCUACUUAUGGACAAGUCAAGAACAAGAAGUUGAUGAACCUGUUGAUGAAGAAGAAGCAAAGCCUGAAGCUACAACUGACGAUGAUGAAGAUGAAGGGAAAGUAGAGGAAGAGGGAGAUGAAGAUAAACCUAAAGUUAAGAAAGUCAAGAAAACUGUCUGGGACUGGGAAUUGAUGAAUAGUGUCAAGCCUAUCUGGACACGCAAGGCUGCUGAUGUUACUGAUGAAGAGUACAAUGCCUUCUACAAAUCAAUCUCCAAAGAAAGCUCUGAACCUUUGGCCAAAAUUCAUUUUACAGCUGAAGGAGAAGUUACUUUUAAAUCCAUUUUGUUUAUUCCAUCAACUGCACCUUAUGAUACCUUUACUAACUAUGGCAAGAAAGUUGACCACAUUAAGAUGUAUGUACGGAGAGUAUUCAUCACUGAUAACUUUGAGGAUAUGAUGCCCAAAUACUUGAGCUUUAUUCGAGGUGUGGUUGAUUCAGAUGAUCUUCCUUUGAACGUAUCCCGUGAGACACUUCAACAGCACAAGCUACUCAAAGUCAUUAAGAAGAAAUUAGUGCGUAAAGCCCUUGACAUGAUCAAGAAAAUUGACAAAGAACAAUAUGAAAAAUUCUGGAAGGAAUUCAGCACUAACAUUAAGCUGGGUGUUAUUGAAGAUACGUCUAAUAGGACACGUCUGGCCAAACUGCUACGAUUCUUCUCCUCCAACUCUGACACUGAACAAACAUUCCUUGCAGACUAUGUAGAGAGAAUGAAAGAAAAGCAAGAGGCCAUCUACUUUAUUGCUGGCACAAGUAGAGAAGAGGUUGAGAAAUCUCCAUUUGUUGAACGCCUGUUGAAGAAGGGCUAUGAAGUUUUGUACCUCAUUGAGCCAGUUGAUGAAUACUGCAUACAAUCCUUGCCUGAAUUUGAAGGCAAGAAAUUCCAAAACAUUGCCAAAGAAGGCCUGAAUUUGGACACAUCUGAAAAGGCAAAAGAGAGGAAAGAAGCGCUUGAAAAGGACUUUAAACCUCUUACAGAUUGGCUUAAGGAUGAUGCUCUUAAGGAUCAGAUUGAAAAAGCCACAAUCUCUGAACGUUUAACCAACUCUCCUUGUGCUUUGGUGGCCAGUCAGUAUGGAUGGUCAGGAAAUAUGGAGAGAAUAAUGAAAUCUCAAGCUUAUGCCAAACAGGGAGAUGCUUCUAAUCAAUUUUAUGCUAAUCAGAAAAAGACACUGGAGCUCAAUGCUAGACAUCCAUUGAUCAAAGAACUGAAAUCCCGUGUUGAGGCCGAUGCUUCAGAUGAAACUGCCAAAGAUCUUGCCAAGGUGUUACUUGACACAGCAACCUUGAGAUCAGGUUUUGCUGUCAAAAACUCUUUGGACUUUGCACAACGUAUAGAAAGGAUGAUGAAAAUGAGUAUGGGUUUGGACUUAAAUGCACAGGUUGAGGAAGAACCAGAAGAGGAGGAAGUACCUGCUGCUGAGGCACCUGCUGAUGAAGAAGAAAUUGCUGCAGAUGAUGAUAAACCUGCUGAAGAGGAAUCUGAGGACACAGGCAGAGAUGAGUUGUAACACCUACUUCUGAUAGUUGCUUGCACUAGUGUAUUAUCAGCUGAUGUGGCAUUUUGUUCAUCAAACUACAUUUCUCAUUUUCAUAUUAGUUGACCAAAAAUUCUAAAUUGAAAUGUAUACAAUUUUUUACACAUUUUUUUGUUUUAAUUCUCAUUAUAAAAUGUUUCAGUAUUUUGCUGUUGCUACUAACCCUUGUUUUUUUUUGUUAUGACAAAGCUUUAUGGAACUUUUUGAAAAUAUUUUUCUGAGUUCCUGCUAGUUAUCUCUCAUACAUUCAGGUGUAAAGAUUAGAACAUUUAAUUCAUUCAUUCUGUUUGAUUGAGGAACAAAUUUGCAAACCUUGGGUAUCUUCUUAUAAAUAGAAUUUGUGUGAGUGAUCUAACAAGCAUCAUGUAAACUGAAUGGUUCAUCAAAAAGUUAGCUGUAUUUUUACCUAGCUAAAAUCUCAUAGAACCUUGAUACUUACAUGACAAUAUUUCUCGCUUGCAUUGUGGGUUGUUGGCUAAAUGUGCUUCAUCUAAUUCUGAAAAUUCUACCCAAAAAUUUUAUUUGUUAAUUACUUACACUUUCUAAAUUAAUCCUUAAAAAGCACAUUCAUGUCUAAAACUUUUUAUUAGAUUGGAUAUUAUAGUAUAUAAUUUAAAUCUUUGACGGUCUCAACAUUAGAGUUUUUAAGUUUUAGUGGUAUUUGAAAAUUACCUUUGUUAAAGCCAAAGCAUUGAAUGUUUUCAUUUGUGAAAAACUUGUAUUCUUAAGUAAGGAUGCUAGAAUGAAUAUGAUUGCUGGAAAAUCUUUGAUAUAAUUGUGAACAGGAUCUAUUUAUCACAUAAAUGUUGAAAGUAUUCAGUUGUGAAUUUUUUACUUUACAUAACUUGGACUUUGGACCAUAUCUGUGUGCAUGUUUUGAACAUUUUUAUUACUAUUUCAUUCCAGUAAAGUUUGUCAUAUUUUAUGAUACAAAUUAAAAAUGGUUUAUAUCCUUAACAAAAUAUUGUCCAGCCUUUUUAUAAGGCAAUUUUUAUUUCAAUCUCAAAUAAAUAAAUAGGGUUCCCAGGUUAUUAAAAAAGAAAUUUUUUGAAAUGGAUCUAUAUGGUUAAUUGGAAUGUAUGGUAGUUUUCAUAUCAGAAGGAAUAAAUGAAUUUAAUUCGUCCAAAUUUAAAAUGUUUCAAAUACCUAAUGAGUAAUUUGUUAUGUUUUAUGGUUAAAUAAAUGUAUA